UUGAGGACUCAGCCUUGUGAAAUAGGUUAGUUUUUGGCAUAAAGCUCCUCCAACGAUGCCUUUCAAGAAAUGGAAGGUCAAUGUAAAAAUAAUGACAGAGAAUCUGAAACUCUAUAACUUUAUAAAACGGGAUUUUCAUAAAUAUAUAUAUAUAUAUAUAUAAGUUUAUAAAACAGACUGUGUUACACUGAGUUGGGUCUAUAGAACUAAACAAGCUCAAGGUACUUAUAUCUGACUGUUUGCAACACUUGCAUGUCUGCUUGAUACGACCAUGUAACUAUUGCUUUAUGAGGAAGUGUGAGGUGAAUUUUACUACAAGUUAUAUUUAGAAACUGAAAAGUGAUACAUUCUAUUUCUACAUUGCCAUCAAUGCUUACGUGGCUGGCACAUUGGUGCAACCUGUUGUGAUAAUGCCUUGCUUUUUGUUGCAAGUGGAAUUUGUCUUUCCUGGCAUUAAUGCUACAUUCCCACACCACAUAUGAGCUACUCUUUAUUCUGCCAUAUCUUUCUUCUUCUUUUUCUGAAAUGUUGGGCCAAAUUCAAUUUAUAAAAUGACGGAGCUAGCCUCAACUUUCUCUAUCUCCUGAAUUGCACGAGAAUGCAUAAAUUAGGUGCCCUGGAGUUCAAAGCGACAGCCAUUGAGAAAUGUCAGAGCUACUUACAAGGAGAAUAGGUGUGCAUACUGUGAGAGAAAGAGAGAAGGAAAAACCUGGUAGCUUGACAAUAUUACAACUGUUAUAAUAAAAUACCCUGGAUUAGGCAUGUUAGGCUUCUGUUAAACUGUUAGAUAACAACUCAAAAUCCAGGGAGGGGCCUGUUUUACUUCAAAACCAUAACUUACGGUGCUCAAUGAUUGCCUUCCGUGGGGCCUGUGGCAACUGUGGUGUCCUUCAUCAAAAUGCAAGAAGACAAUUAAUCAUUUUGGACACUUUCUUAAUAUUCCUUGCAAGUUGGUAGAUGCUUUGAAGCUUACAUAUGUAUCCUGACUGAGUAAAUGCCCGUAAAGCCAAGACUAUCCUCUACUGCAUAAACAAAAUCUAUAUGAUACAAGGGCAUGUAAAACAUUUCCCAAUGCAAUUUCUUAGAAUUUUCUCAGAGCAUGUUUUGGUUCACAAGUCAAACCAGGUUCCCUACUUCAACUUAUCUUCAACCCUUCAACUAAUUCAUUUAAUUCACAGAAUGGCAUUGCUCUGACCGAAGAGGGAAAACUUUAAGCAAAUACAGCGGAUCAAUGGAAAAGUUUCACUGGGAUAAACUCCAUGAACCUUUAAGUCUUUUUCUUUUUCUGGUCCUUUUCUUAUCGUAUCAGCUGCCAUCUUCAGCAUACACUCUUCCCGACAAGUAUUUCGUCAAUUGUGGAUCAAAAAACAACAUAAACGUCACUUCUCGGACCUUUGUUGGUGACCUGAAUUCCGAUUCCGUCUCCUUUACCAAAAAGAGCAGCUCUGUCAGAGACAACAGUCAGGCAUCAGGAACACCAUCUCUGUAUCAAACUGCAAGAAUUUUCUGGCAGCGGUCUUCGUAUGAGUUUGAAAUCAAUACUAAUGGUACUUAUCUGGUACGCCUUCAUUUCUUCAAUUCAUCGGGUCUCCCAGCAGCUGUUUUUGAUGUUUUAGCUUCUGGUUUUAUACUCUUGCAUAAUUUCACAGUCCAAAAUAGUAGCAGCUUUCCUCUAAUAGAGGAAUUCAUUUUAAGCAUUCCUAUCGGUAAAUUCUUCAUCUACUUUGUUCCUCAAGGAUCUUCUUUUGCAUUCGUCAAUGCCAUAGAAGUCUUUCCUGCCCCUCCAAAUUUCAUAUAUGAUAAGGCUCCACAGAUUAGUCAAGGAAGUAGUAGUAAUGAGUACAACGGUAUACUCUCUCGCGCUUUGAAGACAAUUCACAGAAUAAAUGUUGGAGGCCAAACCCUUACACCAGAAAAUGACACUUUAUUCAGAACAUGGCUUCCUGAUGAUAAUUAUCUGUAUAAUCCAGACACUGCAAAGAAUAGCCAGUUUUACGUAGGUAGACCUAAUUAUAUAGAUCUUGUUAAUGAAUUUAUUGCCCCAGACCUAGUAUACAAGACUGCCAAAGAGAUGAAUAUAAAUACCAGUAGGCCAUCAAAUAACUUCAAUAUAACCUGGUCCUAUGAUGUGACUGGAAAUGCUAAGAACUUGAUUCGGGUUCACUUCUGUGACAUUGUUAGUCAAUCGCAGAAUGGUUUACGAUUUUUUCUUUAUAUAAAUAGCAACCUCGUACAGAUAAUCAACCCUUAUGAAACAGUGAGGUUAUUGGCAACUCCAUUUUUCAUUGACUUUGUGGUUGAUUCUGAUGAUUCGGGACUCAUGAACAUCUCCAUAGGCCCUGAUACUAGUUUGACACAGAGUCGAACAGCCUUCCUAAACGGGGUUGAGAUAAUGGAAAUGAUGCGCGAAACUGAUUUGGUUCCCAUAACAAAUGAGUCCAACCAGAAGCCUAUCUUUAUAAUUGUUGGUUCAGUUCUUGGAGGUCUAGUUCUUGUCUGCAUCUUGGGUGGUGUGCUGUUUAUGGUUUUGAAACGCAGGAAGCCAAAAGCUGUUGAAACUUCAAAUUGGACACCAUUAAAUGCAUAUAGAGGAAGCACUCACGGUGAUGGGAAGAUGCCUCAAUUGUCAACACUAAGCACAGAGGGAACCGUCAUUGCUUCCCCUGUUCCUAACUUGAACCUGGGUUUAAAGAUACCAUUUGUUGAGAUUCAGUUAGCAACGAACAACUUUGAUAAGAAGUUGCAGGUUGGCAAGGGUGGAUUUGGUAAUGUGUAUCGAGGAACUCUCAGAGAUGGCGUGAAAGUGGCUGUGAAACGAAGCAAGCCAGGGUCAGGUCAAGGCCUGCCAGAAUUCCAAACGGAGAUCAUGGUUUUAUCAAAAAUUCGCCAUCGCCAUCUUGUUUCCUUGAUUGGAUAUUGUGAUGAAGGGUUAGAGAUGAUACUGGUUUAUGAAUUCAUGGAGAAAGGAACUUUGAGGGAUCAUCUAUAUAACUCAAAACUACCUUUUUUGUCAUGGAAGCAAAGGCUUGAAAUUUGCAUUGGUGCAGCAAGAGGUCUUCAUUACCUCCACAAAGGUGCAUCUGGUGGCAUCAUUCACCGUGAUGUUAAGUCCACAAAUAUCUUGCUUGAUGAGAACCUUGUAGCCAAAGUAGCUGACUUCGGCCUUUCAAAAUCAGGUCCUCCAGGUCAAACCCAUGUCAGCACAGUUGUCAAGGGAACUUUUGGUUAUCUUGAUCCUGAGUACUUUAGGACACAACAGCUGACAGAAAAAAGUGAUGUUUAUUCUUUCGGUGUGGUUCUUCUUGAGGUGAUAUGUGCAAGGCCGGCUAUCAAUCCUACCCUUCCAGGAGAGCAAGUGAACCUAGCUGAAUGGGCAAUGUUUUGCAAGCAGAAAGGAUUGCUUGAGCAGAUUGUGGAUCCAUCCAUAAAAGUUCAGAUCAAUCCCAACUCAUUAAAAAAAUUUGCAGAGAUAGCAGAGAAAUGUUUGCGAGAAGAUGGCGAUGAUAGGCCUACCAUGGGUGAUGUGGUAUGGGACUUGGAGUAUGCAUUACAGCUUCAGCAAACAGCAGUUGCACAAGAGCCACAUGAGGACAGCACGUCCAAUGCUUCCAGUAUAUUACCAUUUCCCAUUCUCCAGCGUUUUCCUUCCAUGAGUGCAGGACUCGGGAGAGAUGAUAUGUCCAUUACAAUGGAGGAUGACUCUGACUCUGUCCCAUCAGCAAGUGAAGUUUUCUCCCAAUUGAAAAUCAAUGAUGCCAGAUAAAUCAUUCGGUUCACAAGGCAUAAUUUCCCAGUUUGAUGUUCUUUGGUCUAUGUAUGUUUCAUAUUUGAGAUUAAAUAGGCACUGCUUUCUUACAAUAGAGAUCUCUAUUACAAUGUUUGAACUUCAAGAUGUAUAAUAUAAAGGCAUUUUCCAAGAUCAUAUCUUUGCCAGACCACCAGCUAGUUAAAUUGUACUAUGAGAGAUUAUUUCUAAGAUUACUUUAUCAGGAAAUAAAAGGUUAUUUA